AUGCGCCCCGUCGCUUGCUCCCCUUGCUGGCUCCACGGGUCCAUAGCAGACCCAACCGUCACAAUUUCUUCUCAACUAUGCAUCAAGUCUUUGCUGUCUCCUGCCUCGGACUCCGAUGACGCACUCACAGCGCUCCCUACUCAGGCCACGCCAAAGGGAAGAUGUUACAAACCCUUAACCCGACAGGAGAAUACCUCUACAACUCUCGCCGUAGCAAAGCCGGCAGGCAAGCAAGCUCCGGAAAUAGCCAUACCUCAGGGUUCCAUCGUGCCCGACGGCGAUGACUCGAAGGCGACCUCGGCGAGAGGCUCAAGUGCUAAAAGACCCUCUAGAGCUAUGCAGCCGCCGAUGAGAUCUAGCAUAGCUUGUUUGAGAUGCAGGAAAUCCAAAACCAAAUGCGACAACGACAACACCGGAUCACCUUGCGACACAUGCAUCAAGGCAGGACAUAAUUGCGAGUUUCCUGAUCCAAAGCCUCUUCCGGCGAAACGAUCAAAGCCGCCGACUGUGCCGAGGCAGGUAGUGGAAGUCGGGCAUGUCCGGAAGCGAGUGACGAAGCUCGAAGAUGCAACGUCCUCUGAUGGACGUACUGCUGCUGCACUUGCUCAGGAAGUCCUUUCGGCAACCUAUCUUACCGUCGAUUUAUGGCAUCAACUCUUCGACAUUUUUAAGCUGCACUUCGCUACCGAACUCCCGUUUUUGCAUCUCCCAACUCUCAAGAGCGUCAUUCACAACAAGGAGAGCAAGAAGCCGUCGACCGAAUCGAAUCUUAUCCUGCUGGGCAUUUUGACUCUCACUGCAAGAUUUCAUCCCGACUUGAUCAAAUAUGCGGCACAUCUCACUCAUGACAAGAUCCCGGACCCCAAAUCUCGCAGUGCUCUAUCCAAGUCGGAGCCGCCAAUGGCCUCAGAGUACUUCUCAAACGCUCUGACAAAGGCACUGGGAGAACUAGAAUCAGCUCUGACAUCAGCUACUGUCGUCCGCGUUCAAGCUUUCCUCAUGCUCGGCUUGUACAAAUGGAGUCAGCCGAAUGGCGGCUUGGCUGCAUGGAUGUAUAUUGGCGUUGCCGUACAGAUGGCUCAAGGCUUGAAAUUGGGGUUUGGAGACAAGCCUUUGGGCGGCAAGAGAACUCCGGCCUUGUCUCCUCGGUCAAGUAAAUCUGCCCAACCACCCUCCGACCUUUGGAAAGAUCAGGAGAUCGGGUUUCUAUGGCCCGACGAUCUUCAAAUCCAGCUACCAUGCACUGAAGACGCCUUCGACCUUGGCCGCGUCGUCUACACCGGACUUCUGCGGCAGGUGGGACAUGGCAUGGAGCCACCAAUCGAUGACAGCGUGUUGAGUCGAUUCGUGCGACUAGCAGAUUUCUGGGGCGAUAUUACCAAGUACAGUUUCGCGGGCGGCCGCCAUACGGAAUCCCUUCCGCCGUGGGACCAAGAGUCGACUUUCUAUCAACUGAAUAAAAAGGUAGACGCCUUUUACGCACACCUUCCGGAAGAGUUCACCUGGUCCAGCUCGAACUUUUGGAAACACGACAGUAGCAUGUAUAUAUCGCUCCACAUGCUGGGUGCCCUAUGCAAAAUCAUGCUGCAUCGCGAAUACCUCCCGUUCAUCGCCAUCAAAUGUUCUGAGCCAGUCGGCCCUCUGGAUGAGCCUGUAUUCGACCGCGAAACUGUUCCCGACCACUUUUGGGAACGAAGCGCAGAGCAGGUUUUCAAAGCUGGAAGGGAUAUCAUCGACCUCAUCUCGACAUGCAGAGACA